CAUUCCCGGCUCAGUAACAUUCUCUUAGCGGGGCUUCGGGUAGCGUUCGCUCUGACUGUGUGUGUGUGUGUGUGUUAGUUACUGGCCAUAGUUGGGUUAGCAAUGGAGGGAGACGGGAGCCAAGCCACAUCUGGAAGCCCUAGCGAUUCGCAACACGACCCGGGUAAAAUGUUUAUCGGUGGCCUCAGCUGGCAAACUUCACCAGACAGCCUUAGAGACUAUUUUAAUAAAUUUGGAGAAAUCAGAGAAUGUAUGGUGAUGAGAGAUCCCACGACAAAACGCUCCAGGGGAUUUGGCUUCGUUACAUUUGCGGAUGCGGCCAGUGUAGAUAAGGUCUUAGCUCAACCUCACCACGAGUUAGACUCCAAGACGAUUGAUCCUAAAGUUGCCUUUCCAAGACGCGCUCAACCCAAGAUGGUCACAAGAACAAAGAAAAUAUUUGUAGGCGGAUUAUCAGCUAACACAGUAGUUGAAGAUGUGAAGCAGUAUUUUGAACAGUUUGGCAAGGUAGAAGAUGCUAUGCUUAUGUUUGAUAAAACUACAAAUAGACAUAGAGGAUUCGGCUUUGUAACUUUCGAGAACGAAGACGUAGUGGAAAAGGUCUGCGAGAUUCAUUUUCACGAAAUCAAUAAUAAAAUGGUAGAAUGUAAGAAGGCCCAGCCGAAGGAAGUGAUGUUUCCUCCAGGGACACGGGGGAGAGCUAGAGGCCUGCCCUACACCAUGGACGCCUUCAUGCUGGGAAUGGGCAUGCUGAGUUAUCCAAACAUUGUAGCAACUUAUGGCCGUGGAUACACUGGUUUCGCCCCGAGCUACAGCUACCAGUUCCCUGGCUUCCCAGCAACAGCGUAUGGUCCGGUAGCAGCAGCAGCAGCAGUGGCGGCAGCGCGUGGCUCAGGUAGGGGGGCCCGUGGAAGAGGCGGCUACGCAGCAUACCCUCAGAGCACAGGGCCAGGCUUCCCCGAUUACGGUUUCUAUUCUUCGCCGAGCGACCAACGGGGGCCCCCCUUCUCCUUUGCUGACUAUGGUUCCCUGGGCCCCCAGGCGGCUCAGCUGCUGCAAAGCGAGCAUGCCACAUCAGCCUGCAACUCCCCUCUCCAGCACCUGGCCAGCCCGGAUCAGUAUAAGAGCCCAGGCACCAACCCGCCCCGGCCUGGAGCCUUUCCUGGAGCCAGCAGCCCCGGGCCAGUGGCUGACCUGUAUGGCCCCACCAGCCAGGACUCCGGUGUGGGCAACUACAUUAGCGCUGCUAGUCCCCAGCCCGGCUCCGGCUUCGGACACAGCAUUGCUGGUCCUUUGAUUGCGACAGCUUUUACAAAUGGAUACCAUUGAAACCUAACAGGUGGUUGGUUGCCAUCUCAUUUGAGAGUUUAUCAGGAGGCCCGGGGAAGACUGGCCGGAGUUUCUAAUUGGUUCUGUGUACAGGUAAAGGCCAUUCUACUUCAAGCACUACAGCGCAGAACGGGAAUCUAAAGCUGAGGUGGCGCCACACAAAGAUCAAACGAAUCAUCAGAAUCAUCUCAUAAUGAAAAAACAACAACAACUAAACAAUCUGCUGUACAAUACUGACAACCUGGCUUAUGAAUAUUUUAACUUAGUGUAGCCCCUCAACUUGAAGUAGGAUUUUAAUAUCAUUUGUUCCUUUAUUGAUUCUUUCUCACGUUAGAAGAGUUUCUUUGUGAUCUUUUUAUUGUGCACACGUUGAAUUAACCAUCGACUUUAAUUUGAGUUUUAACAAUGUUCUUCAUUGUUAUUGAAUUUUCUCUGAUGACUGUGAUGAGAGCGAAUAUGUAAACAUAUACUAAUGUCUUUUUGUUUCUUUUGGGAUUUUUUGAAGUAGUAAUAUUAAUGCAAAAGCAUUCUCAUUUCACAGCCCUUGUCUAUCACAUUUCAGGUUUUAUUUCACUCAAGGGAGAAAAUGUAUUGAAAUGAUUGAGGUGGCAUUUAAUUCAAGCCUAAAAUUGCAAAGAGUGGAUGACUUAAAAAAAAAACAAACAAAAAAAAAACUUAGUAGCUCUGUUAUAUGUUUAUUGUGAUGUCUUGUUAACCAUGAUUACCUAUUUUGGGCAAUAAGAGGACUACAAUAUUUUCACAGUCCUUUUUUAUAAAUGUCAUUUUGUUGUUGAUAAAAAAGAAAAAAAGCUUUCUUUUUAAUACUUUGUGAAAUGAGAUUUAAAAAGAAAAGGAUUCUGAAACUGUAAAUAUUAUUCUGUUCACUGCAUCAAACUGUUUCUGAGAGAGAACCAUAUUUUUGUGAUGGUGUCAUAGAGGUCGUGUUGUGCGCAGGCUGAGAUAUGUCUAUCGAGGCUGAAUGCAGUAACUGAGGUCCAUCUGUAGCACAAAAGCCGUGAUUUACCCCAGUACGGAUGAAAAACCACAAUCAAACACUGUUAGGUCGCUUUGUAAAUACUUUUUGCUUUACAGCCGUGCAGGUGUCAUACCAGCCAUACCAGCAUAUUUAGUUAGUAUGUUAAGAUGUGCACAGCUUACAAAGAGAAUAUACUUUACAAGGUAUACAGAAAUCAGCAUUGUAAUAAAAUCACGACAAAAUCCAAAGCACACUUUCAUUUUUCGUCGGUUUCGACAAGGCUGAUUUUAAAACAGUGAGAAUUACUUUAAAGAAGAUUAGAAAUUAAUUUAUUUUAGGCUAAGACAAAUAUUAGAAGAAGAAAAAAAGAUAUUAAAGUUUUGAAAUUCAUUGCACUGUGAGAGAGAAUUUAUCAUUUCUAUUUUCUAACAUUGUAUGUUAACAUACAGUCUCUACCAUGGGAAGGACCGGUGUGGAAACCAUUUGGUUUUGUUCCACACUGGACAUAUAAACAUUUAUGAGUCUUGAGUCUUGCAUUGAUUUGAAGACUGUACUUUUGAAUAAUCUCCUUCCAGGGAUUUUAUUAUAUAGAUAGGUUGACAAUAUCAGAGAUGACAAUUAUAUUGGUAGCAAUAGUUCAUUUCCUCAGAAACACUGAAACUGAUUGAAACCAGUGGCUGCUACACACAUUUGUUGUACAUGUGGGGGACUGGAUUUGAUGAGACACAAAUGGCAUUUAGAAAUAUGAAUGAUAUUUACAAAUAUGAAUAGAAUGAUGUAUGCUGUUGUUCAGUCUUGCUGAAAAUGUUUUAUUUUUGUUUAUUUAAUUCUCCUUAGUUGUUCAUUUCACUUAACUAACAGGUGAGACAGAAUGCUGGAUUCUUUCUCGAGGAGGAGACGUGAUAAAGUAAUAAGUAUUUAAAAAGCAAGGAGAACUUUGUGCUAACUGUUUGAGCUGUUUUAAAAAGGCAAACAUACAAAAAAAAAAAAAAAAAAAAAAAAAGAAAGAAAACUGUCCCGAACAUGUUUUGCAUUUAAAUAGGGAUGGAUUUUUAUCAAUAUUUUUGUGGAUGUUGAUUAUACUAAAUAUAACAAUGACAAUAAUACAGAUAUUAUGUACUGUAUUUAUCAAUUGUUUAUCUCUUCAUUCCCUGUCACCUCAUUCAGUAAUCCUAUGUUGAUCAUUGUAUUUUAGUAGUGUAAAAAAGAAGAAAAAAAAUGGCAUAUGAAUUUACCUUGUAAAAGAGUGCUGUCUUGAUGCCAGUGUAGUGGUCUUUACACUUCUUGGUUUGUAUUUUUCACAUCUCCCCCCUUUAGUCUUUUUUCCCUUUCUCUCUAUAUCUCUGUCUCACUCUCUCUUUAGUGAAUAGCUGUAGGUGUUAUGUACUUAAUGUUAAGAUGUAGAAGUAUCCGUUAGCAAUUGUAGGACCAGUAAGGAUAGAACUUUCUCUUUAUAAUCAUUUACAGACAAAAGAUUAAAAAAAAAAAAAAAAAAGGAAAAAAAAAAAAUGCAGAGCGUUGUUUUCAUAGUAAUAUUUCUUUGUUUUUCUUUUUUCUCCUUUUUGUUCCACUGUUUUGCUGGUCUCACAUGGUUUCAACCAACCAAAGCUCUCACUGAUGAAAUCUAUAGGAGAAAAGAAAUUGCUGUAUGACAGAAUUGUAAUCAAGGCAUUAAUUGGAUCCCCACCCUUGAAUGUUUUAAAAGGGGUGUGCCAUACUACCUUAAAUGCUAAUGCUAGAUAUGCAAACUCGUUUCAUUUUCAUUCUUUUUUAAGAGGGAUGCAAGCUAUAAUUUGGAAGAGAUGAUGAUUUUAUUACAUGAAUGACAAAUUCAUAUUUUUUUAGCAAGGUCUAACAACGUAAUCUCGACAUAGCCUAAUAAUUAUUGAUAUGGAUAAAACUGUAAUAGGUUUUGAAACUUGUACUAUUAAAAAAAAUAAAAUAAAAAAUCCCAUUCAGUGGCCCAUGGUGCUACUAUUUUAAAUACUCAUUUUUGUGUGUCUGCCUAGUUUAAUACAUCAUUUAGUUUUCAGUCACCUGGGACAUAAAUACAGGAUGCUUGUUUUUGUACUCUUUAAUUGCAUUGCCAGUUUUGAUUUUAAUUCAGCUGAAGUAGAAUUGAUUCCAGACAGUAGGGUGUCUGCUAUGAUGUCACACUAACUUGAUUGACUUUAAUGUAAAUCCAAUGUCAUUCCCACUCUAAACACACUGAAUCUGUAUUCCUGAAUCACAUACGUUCUCAGGGGUAUCAAAUGUGAGCCUAUGUACCACCUUCAGAAGUGUGAUUUUAUUAUACACUGAGUGGGUUAUUAUCAGAUCUGUGGUACAGCACAACUAUUAAUGAAAGAUAUGACCGUAUGUCUAAUGAAGUUUAUGAAAUGUAUGUGAUCUAUAAAAGUAGUUAGACGGUUAGUUGUACUUUAGUUGAAAGUCUCUUUCUUGAGUAAUGAGAGUCUCUGCAUCCAUUAAGCUAGUUAAACACUAGAACUGUUGCUCUCCCUAUAGAGUCAGAUGAUCCACAAAUAAACACCUUAAGGCGAAUGUUUAAGAGCAGAUGAAGCACACAUUUCCUUCGGUUCUGGAUGAAGUAAGAAGUAAGCUUGACAGGCUCUUGAUUAAAAUGAAGGCUGGCAACCCUCUUAAACAGUUUUUACCAUUUGCAUAGGUUAGCUUAACUUUUUUUCUCAUAAUUUGAUCUCAUAGCUUGGACUUUAAGGUAGCAUGGCUCUGUUGCCACCAUUUGUUUUUAUUUUUAUUUUUUUCAUGGACAGCAGUUUACAGCAGAUGAAUGUUAAACAUCUUGCUAGACUAGUUAAAUCAUUGGUUAAUUGUUGGUUUUAAAAAAAAAAAAAACGAAAAAGAAAAAAGAAAACGACCUGGAAGGUGUCGGGUGAUUUCGGGAGUGUACCGUAUCCAUUUAAACUUGAAUUUUGCGGCAAGUGCUAGGCAAUGGCCAAAACGAUCAUUCCACUAUUAAAGCAACAAAACUUUCCACACACACACAAUGUAAUGUCUAAUGUUCAGUAUACAUAUACAAGACAAUAUGUAUAGUGUAUAUAUAUAUAUAUAUAUAUGUAUCUCUUUGUUAAAAUGUUAAACUGCCUCAUGAAUCAUUGUAUGUAAACUGAAUAGGGGCGUAAAUCUCUGUACAUUAGACUAAACUCUUUGUUGAAUCAUUUGGAGUCACUUCGCUGUUUGUUGUGUAAGAGAACACUUUUAAUUGGAGGCAUUUUAGUAGUUUAACAGCGGAAUCUUGUUUUGAACUGAAUGUGUUGUGUAAAGCUUACAAGGAGGUAUAGCGCAAUGGGGACGGUACAGGUCUUUAGUUUGACACUUCCUUUGGCAACUUGGUCUCUCAUGUUCUCCUGAGGCUUUUCGGCCUCGCUGAUUGCCUUGCCCAUUCCUAACACUUGCCCAUUUUUUAACGUUAACGGACUUUUUACUGCGAGAACUGACUGAAAGGACUGACGUCUGAAAGCAUCUUUCAGGUCUUCUUGUAUGGCUUGCUCAAGCCCUGUUGUAAAAUAAACUAAAGGGGAUGGGGGUCUCUCACAUCUCAGAUGUGGAAAGUAUAAUUUUAUAUUUGUAUUUUCAAAUAAUAAUUAUAAUAAUAAUAAAAAAUGUUUGUGAAAGGUUUCCAUCCUCUACUGUGGUCCAGAAAUCAAUGUUGUUUGUCUGGAAAAGAUAUAUAUAUUAAAAAAAAAUAAAAAAUAAAAUAAAACCGUUUU